GACGGCCAGGGUUGGCUAGGUCUUUCUCGAACGCGGGGAUAGUGUUUGUGGUGCUGGGGACGAGAUCGAUCGAUCGAUCGUGUCGCGGGAGGUGGAGAUUGCGAAUGCGAGUUUAGGUCUCGUACCUGGGAGCGCGAGGAGGCUGUGCGCCGCGGUAUGUAGGUUUUGGAUCAGCUGUGGGGAGGAAAUCAUGCGUUGCUUGACGGAAGCGUUUCUAUCUAGCGAUUCUCGGCCGCCGGUCAGUGGCAGCGGGCUAAGCGAAGAUGAGCGAUUCAGCUAUGGCUACUCGAGCCUUUGCGGGAAGAGGAUGUCCAUGGAAGAUUUCUACGAUGCUAGAAUUUCCAAGAUAGAUGAUACUGUGGUGGGUUUGUUUGGAGUUUUCGACGGACACGGUGGUUCUGAGGCUGCCGAGUAUGUGAAGAAAAACCUCUUUGACAACCUCACAAGACAUCCUCACUUUGUGAGCAACACGAAGCUUGCUAUUGGUCAGUGGAUCUUCGUGCAAACGCUUGAUUGGUUGAUUGAACAGUCUUCUUCUUUGUUUUUUUCCUUCUUUCCAGAGGAGGCCUAUAGAAAAACCGAUGCGGACUACUUGCACAAUGGCCCCGAUCAGUGUGGCUCCACGGCUUCCACAGCGAUCUUGGUUGGAGAUCGCUUGCUUGUGGCCAACCUGGGCGAUUCACGAGCGGUGCUGUGCAAGGCUGGUGAAGCCGUUCCCUUAUCCAACGAUCACAAGCCGGAUCGAUCGGACGAGCGCCAAAGAAUAGAAAACGCUGGAGGAUAUGUCUUGUAUUUGGGAACCUGGAGAGUUGGAGGCGUGCUGGCCGUGUCUAGAGCCUUUGGAGACAGCUCGUUGAAGAAAUUCGUCCUCGCGGAUCCAGAGAUCCAGGAAGAGAGGAUAACGGAAGACGUCGAGUUUUUACUCCUCGCGAGCGAUGGUUUGUGGGAUGUUUUGACAAACCAGGACGCUGUGUCGAUGGUCCAAUCCAUACUGGAUCCGGAGGAAGCAGCCAAGAGAUUAACGAGCGAGGCGUAUGGCAAAGGAAGCGCUGACAACAUAACUUGCGUCGUUGUGAGGUUCCUCCACAAGAACUCGAAGUGUGAAUAGAGGGUAUUGUUAUAAUUCUUGCUAACCGGUGUUUAACGUGUUAAUAAGCAUAAAAUAUUAUAAUGUGAAAGAAAGAACUUUGAUCGA